UUAAAGUAGUUAGCCAUUUCUGGUUAGCACCGCUGCAGGGUAGCAUAGCAGCCAUCGGCAACUGUAGCAAGCUACUAUGGCACAGGCAGCUCAGGCUAAUGUCUUCGACGCCAACAACGCUCAGAUCCAAGUGGAGCACGAUAAAAAGCGUCGGCAGUUUGUUAUUAGACUAAACGGAUCUCAUGAUCGUGCAGUUCUCCUGUAUGAAUAUGUUGGUAAGAAGACGGUGGACUUGCAACACACUGAAGUUCCAGAUGCUUACAGAGGGAGAGGAAUAGCCAAGCACCUUGCUAAGGCAGCCAUGGAUUUUGUGGUGGAAGAGGAUCUGAAAGCCCACCUGACCUGCUGGUACAUUCAGAAAUACGUCAAAGAGAAUCCGCAGCCUCAGUACAAUGAACAUAUUUAUCAAUGACACCACAUGGCUCCGACAGAGUACCAGGAGAAAAGAGACUCCAGGAGGAUUUAUACCAUGCAGCAUCAUGCUUUGGAGAUACGGGCUGACAUACAACAAGGGACCUUCCAGGCAUUGUUAACAGGAAAUUAAGUGACUCCAGACACAACUGAUCUCACGGUGAAGAAGUCUGUUACUUGAACUUUGGGUCUUGGGGUCAGUAACAUGAGGUUACACACUCACCAGAAACAGGAAGUGAAUCAGCUGGACACGACAUGCAAAACAUAAGCAAAUAAAGUAACCAAAGCUGAAUCCUGUUACCUCAGACAGAAACAAUCAGGAAGCGGAUCCAUCACUGACUGGCAGCAGGAUUUAGACCUGUAAUGAGAACAGAUGUGAGUCGAAUCUUAUGUUGCAAAUUUCCUGUCAUUCUUUGGACUCACUGGUGUUAAGCAGCGCUACAAGAUGACCAACCCAGGUGUCUUUCUCCAUGAUAGCUUCAUCAGAAGCAGUGACAGCUUCAAUGAUGCUUGAACAGCAAUUAUUCUCAUAUUUUAAACUCCUUUUGGUAUUCUUCGGCUUUGUUGUUUGUUUGGGUUUUUUUAAAAUUACUUCCCCUCCUCUCUUAGCAAUAGUUUUUGUUAGGGUUGAAAUGCUAAUUCGGUGAACUGUGAAUGCAUUUUGUUAAGCUACUCAAAGGUUUUUUGGGGGUUUUUUUUCUAGGUGAUAUCAAAGAUUUAGAGGCAUAAAUUUGAUGGGUAAUGGGUUAAAAUAUAUAUGUAUAAUCUCUAAUUGGAGACAUUUAUCUUCCCAAACUCUCGAUUUGGUUCGAGCAUUACUAUAAUCAAUCACAUGCUUCCCAGAAACAGAAAUGCACUGUUCAUUAUUGGACUCAUAACCUGCUUAGUUAAAGGUCCAGUAUGUAGGAUUUAGGGGGAUAUUUUUGCAAUAAUGAAAAAUAAUAUAAUAAGAUUGUUUUCA